AAUCUAACCAGAACCACACUGCUGACUGUAUGUCUAACCUUAACCCCAAAUUAAGACCAAAUAGCACAUUUUGGAUUUCAUAUAUUUUUACGAUAUAUCCCAUUUUGACUUUGCCGCUGGCCAUCUACUAGCUAGGUGGAUACCCAUACCAAAGAUUUGUUCUAUCUGUUCCGAUACCGGCCAAUCCAAAAUGGCGACCGCCGUUCCAGUUGAUUCGGGAUUGACUGCUCCGACAGGGUCCAGUGGGUCUCGGAAAAUGGCAUCCCCCGAGAUGCCUGGAUCAAGUCAGAGUAUGAAGAAGACCAUUGGACACAGAGGAGUUGAGACGAACACUGGAGAGACCACCUAUAAGAAGACUACGUCGUCAGCCCUGAAAGGAGCAAUUCAGCUGGGCAUCACUCACACUGUGGGCAGCCUGAGUCAGAAGGCUGAGAGAGAUGUUCUCAUGCAGGACUUUGUGGUGGUCGAGAGCAUCUUCUUCCCCAGUGAGGGCAGUAACCUGACCCCUGCCCACCACUACAGUGAUUUCAGGUUUAAGACCUAUGCCCCCAUCGCCUUCCGCUACUUCAGAGAACUAUUUGGCAUCCGGCCAGACGACUACCUGUACUCUCUGUGUAACGAUGGCCUGAUAGAGCUGUCUAACUCCGGCGCCAGCGGCUCUCUCUUCUACGUGUCCAGUGAUGAUGAGUUCAUUAUCAAGACAGUGCAGCACAAAGAGGCUGAGUUUCUCCAGAAGCUACUACCAGGAUACUUCAUGAACCUGAAUCAGAACAAACGGACCCUGCUCCCUAAGUUCUACGGUCUGUACUGCAUCCAGGCGGGAGGGAAGAACAUCCGCCUGGUGGUGAUGAACAACCUGCUGCCCCGCGUGGUCCACAUGCACCAUAAGUACGACAUGAAGGGUUCCACCUAUAAGAGACGGGCCUCAGCCAAGGAGAGGGACAAGACUUUUCCCACCUUUAAAGACCUGGACUUCAUCCAGGACCUGCCUGAUGGACUACUGCUGGAGACGGACAACUACAACGCCCUUAGCAAGACCAUCCAGAGAGACUGCCUGCUCCUGCAGAGUUUUAAAAUCAUGGACUACAGUCUACUGGUGGGGAUCCAUAACCUGGAGCAGGCUAGUAGAGAGAGGGAGCGAGGUGGGGGGCAGAUGGGGGACAGUGGGGGGUCAGAGGGGGCGGUGACCCCAGACCAGCGCCGACCCCAGGCCCAGAAAAGUCUGUACUGCACAGCCAUGGAGUCUAUACAGGGAGAGGCCCGCGGGAAGGGAGCCCUGGAGUCUGAGGACCAUAUGGGCGGGAUCCCAGCCAGGAACUCUAAAGGAGAGAGGUUGCUGGUCUUUAUCGGCAUCAUCGACAUUCUGCAGUCCUACAGGUUCAUCAAGAAGUUGGAACACUCAUGGAAGGCCCUCGUCCAUGAUGGGGAUACAGUGUCGGUGCACAGACCAGGCUUCUACGCUGAGCGCUUCCAACAAUUCAUGUGUAACACAGUGUUCAAGAAGAUCCCAUUGAAGCUCUCCCCAUCCAAGAAGUCUCGUGGUGGGGGUCCGGGGGGUCUGAGGAGAGCUCCUACCCUGGGAGGCCCCACCCCACUCUCCCACGCUGCUGGACAGUCUGUGGUGGACUCCCGACUCGUCUACCAAUCACACUUCAACAAGGCUGACGCAGAGGGAGACAGUGGCAUGCAGUCGGGCAGGCCAGACCUGGUGCCAAGGACACCUCCCCUGGCGGGAGUGUCAGGGGAUGCAGAGGCCAACUUUUCCACGUCCUCAUUAGGAAGCACAGGACUCACCUCCUCCUCUCCUCUGUUACAGUCAGUAGGGGUUGAGGUACAUAGAGCAGUAACAAGCACAGACCAAGACCACGGUGUCUCCCACAGUAUGGGUGCGGAAGUGGAAGCGUCAGGUGAUCAGUCGGGUAAUGAAGAUGCCAUCUCACUAACAGACAUCAUCCCAGAGACUAACAUCUGCUUUUAACAACUGAUCUGGAGUCAUCUGAGGAAAAGGUGAUUCUGGAACCAAGGAGGUGGGUGGAAGAGUGAGAUGGGGAGAGUAGUCUUGCAUCCUCCAUUCUCACUCUGUCGAUCCAUCCAUCCUUUUCUGCAGGGGAGGUUUGGAACAUACUUCAGGCUGACUGAAGGGGGGGGUGAAGUGAGGGAGAGUGUGACUGGGUGCCAGAGAGAGGAACAAAGAGGGAGAGAGGUGUAUAUAUGUGUGAGGAGGUGGUAGCUGUCUGAAGGCUUGGUCAGCCAGACAGACACACGGGUAUGCUGCUAGAAACCUUUCUCCAACUAAGUUACAGGAGUCUCUGUGUCACGAAACCCACAUACACUGUCCCACCUAUCACAAAGUCUGAAGGGGAGAGGGAUGUGGGCUUAGACACCCCUGCAUCAACAGUGUGGAGGUGGAACACCAUGCUCUAUAUCACUCUCUGUUCUGUUGCUUUGUGCAUUCCUUCUUGUGGACAGUAUUAGGGUUCUGUUUUCAGUGUCUCCAAUCAUAAUAACUCAUGUUAUCAUUCUACAUCUGUCCACACCUUCCUCCCUCCACACAGCCAGGAGAUGGGACGGACAGGAGAAUCAUCUCUAUAUGUAGUGUUUUUUAUUUUAUUAUGACCACACUUUUACUGUUGUGGACAGAACAUAUGACUUCAUCACACAGACCUUCUAUUCUUUUAGAUUAUGGAUGUAUACAGUAGCUGACUGACUGGAGUUGGGGGCAGGAAUGUACAGGCCAGAGCUAUUCUGCCCUACCAAGCAAAAAGGCAGUAACUGCUCAUAGUGUGGAACUGAGAAAAAUUGCUUUUAUUUACCUUAGCUUCAUAGUUACCUAGUGGAGUUACUGCUAAUAUCAACCCCAUUUUCUCAAAAACAAUGCGAGGAAGGAUACUUGUGUAACGGAUGUGAAAUAGCUAGCUAGUUAGCGGUGGUGCGCGCUAAGUAGCGUUUCAAUUCGUGACGUCACUUGCUCUGAGACCUUGAAGUAGUGGUUCCCAUUGCUCUGCAAGGGCCGCGGCUUUUGUGGAGCGAUGGGUAACGAUGCUUCGUGGGUGACUGUUGUGUGCAGAGGGUCCCUGGUUCGCGCCCGGGUAUGGGCGAGGGGACGGUCUAAAGUUAUACUGUUACACUUGCCCACAUGAUUAAGUCAUUUUUGCUACAUUAAAUACAUGCUAACUCAUUUUGGACCAAAUGAGCAGUUACUGCCUGUUUCUUGGUAGGGCAGUAUGGGUAGGCUAUACACCACAGGAGGUUGGUGGCACCUUAAUUGGGGAGGACGGGCUCGUGGUCAUAUCUUGAGUGGAAUGGUAUAAAAUACAUCAAACACAUGGUUUAAUGCCAUUCCAUUUGCACUGUUCCAGUCAUUAUUAUGAGCCGUCCUCCCCUCAACAGACUCCACUGCUAUACACAGUGUUACCGGCUGAUGGGAAGGCUCUGUCUGUCUCCAUGGUUAUCCUGGAAUCUUCCUCUCUGAUGAGACCACAUGUGCUAUAUUGAUCUAGGAGUGAGAGACCAGAGCAAGAACAUAGUAAUGGCCGCCACCUCCAUACCCUUAGAAUAGAGCGGGGUUCCCCAACUGGAGACCUGCGGAUGCAAUUUUUUUUAUUGGUGGACAUAAAGUAAACACCAGCAAAUCCACUCUAAAUUAUUUCAAUUUAAGAAAUCUGUUCUAAAGUAUUCGUAUGCAAAAUAGAGAUCUGUGAUUUGAAAGCAAGGUUUGAAAUUGUUUGUCAAAUAUUAUUAAUGUUUGGGCUUUCUUGCAGUCAAUUUGCAAAUUAUUUGUAAUUAUGUUCCGGCCCCCUGACCAUCCGCUCAAGAAGAAAAAAAUCGCCCCACGGCUGAAUCUAGUUGAUGAUCCUUCGAAUGGAGGUUCACCACACCAGAGAAGAGACAAAGAGGAGCAGUAACAGAAGGACAGGACAGUGACCUGACCACACUAACGCUAGCUUUUUAUAUCUGUGCCUUUGUGUCUGUCUGGUGCUAGUCUUGCUGAGCUGUGUCUCUCUCUCUCAUAUUUUUGUUUCUUUAAUGUCUCGUUACACAUACAUUCAAACUCUUGUUUGAGCAUGUUUUUAUAUUCUCACUACCAAUCAAAAGUAUCUUUGAAAGAAAAUUGACCAAUCAACCAGCAGGGUUGAAAGGAAUGAGCCAAUCAAAAUUCAGAGCGAGCUUUUAACGCACACUCCACACCUGCCUUUUUCUGUCUUCGUAUGGCAGUUCAAUUUCAUCACAUUCAUUCACACCCAGCCAUUUAGACUGUUUUGUGCACAAAGAUUAUGAGUGUUCUUCAAGCAAUGGUAAUUCUACCACCGUCAUUCAAGCACUUUGAUACUUUUAUCUGACCUGACUUUCAUUAAUAAGCAACAAGGGAUUUCUGCUGGCUACAGAAAUGGCUGCUUCACCCCACUGAGUUUGAGACUCACCACAUUGUAUGAAUGACUUUGUUUGCGUCUCUGUAGUACACCUCUUGUACAUUAACGUUUAUAUAAACAUGGGUUUAUUUUUUUCCCCCCAUUUGCUCAGUCAUUGUGUAGAAUACUAACACAACCGCUGUGUGGUAGCUCAUACUAUUUAUCCUGUAGUAGGAUAUUUCAGACACAUCACUACCUAGUGGUUAUGCUAGAUCUUGUAUUUCACACCAACAGAGUGAUUUUAAAGGGCCACCAUGGCCUGAUUGUGAGGACACAUUUCUAAGUAGAUGGGAGUGCACAUAUGGUUCAAAGCAGAGAGGGAGAGAUGGACAGACUGACAAACUGGGAGAUAUCAGCCGGUGGUGGAAAUGAUUCAUGUUCAUCGAUGCACUGUGAGACAAUAGGGAUGUUUAAAGGGAAUGGGGGAGUACAAGAACACAGCCAUGCCCUGAAGUGGAGCUCUUUCGGAUCAACUGUCAUGACAAAUUGGAAAAGCAAUCAAAAUGUUAUGGACUUGAACAUGGAUGAACUUGCUGCAUAUGGAAACUACAUUGAAACCUAUGCUUCAGAACUUGAGUUUUGAUGAACUUUAUGUUUUCCUAACGGAUCUGAGUUUAAUGACCCUUCAAACAGAGUUGCAGAGCUCACCGUUUGAGAGGAGCUGUCCUGCAUGAUAACUAUACGUAUUUUAAAGCACACAGGAAGGAAGGGCACAAGAGAGGGUGGUAUUGGUUCCAAAUUAGUUAUUUACACAACUUAAUACAUAGUUUGAUUCAUUUCUGGUUCUUGUCUACUUUUCCUCGCGAACCCAACCUCUUUGCAAAAAGCUCAUAUGGUAUUCCUGGUUAAAUAAUUUCCAAACAUGGCCCUCAAUUAAAAGUUGUGCUCUUUUGACUGUUUUGACCUUUGACCCUGAUAACCCUGCUUAGCUUCCCCAUCAUUUCAAAGAGCUCAGUUCAGUCUUGUGCUUUUUGAGAACAGUUGGCCACCAAAGAAAACACUCCAAGCCCAUGUUCCCAAGUUUUGAAUCACAUUUUCAAUAGAUGGUAUUGUGUCUUAUUAUAACAAGGGCCUUAGUGUGACAACAGGGUCUGGAUUUGACUCCAUGAACGCUGAUCAUGACUUUUAGCGUAUGCUUAACUUUACAAACUAACAUCUGACAGUCAGAACAAUGUUGUUUUAAAGCCUGUGUGCUUCUGUGUAUAGAUGCUGGAUUAAACCCGUUGCAGCGUCUGGUGACUUGACUGGACCACAGCACAACAGACACCUCACCCUUUGGUGCUCAAAGGGCGGUACACUUGCAACACAGACACUACAGAACAUAUGAACUAAUGCAAUAUGAACAAGUCUGCCAUCUUAAAGUUUCAAGAAUCGUAUUUAUUGUAUUUGUAUUAUGACCUUGUAGCCUGAAAUGAUUCAUAAGUUGUACAUGUACCUUAGAUGAUUGUACGUAUAAUAAUGUAUUCUUCUGACAGGAAAUGUCAGACUUAAGUAGUGUAUUGCAUAUGGGAGGGGAUUGUUUGACAAUUUCACUUUUUAUAUUUCAUGUUUGAUUUUGAUAGUGAUAUAUUCUCCAUUGUUCUGGGGCAAGGAUGUCCCAUGCUUUUUUACGUUGAAUGUUUCACACAGCCUCCGAGCCAAUGUUGCUGGUUACCGUCUAUGCUUCAAUUACUUUAUUUUUACUCUGCCUGUAUAAAAUAUGUAUAUAGUAGUCACGGAAAUGCCUUCUCAUGCUGCCUAUACCUUCUACCAUCUUUCAGUGAUGUAAUGUUUUUCAUAUUGGCUCUGAUUUUAGAAUAAACUUAUUUUCUAAAUGUU